AUGGGCAACUACGUUUCCGCUGUCGACGGCACACAGCCUUCAGCCACUAGACCAAUGAACACCCCCGGGGCACCUGGAUCACGAAGGAGCUCCGUAGCUUCAAGAACUUCGUCUGUGGAUAGCUCCAGCAGUGCCGAGCAAGCCAUCCGGUCAUCAACGGCAGCAACGCCUUCCUCGCCGUUGCCGACUUCCUCAUGGAGCUCUGCCGAACAAACCAGAGAUGUUGAUCCACUGGCGCGAUCCUUCCCCAAGCCCAGUGAGGAUGUCGACCUCGAUGAGAUGCUCAACAGGAAGCCCCUCAAGUGGACUCUUGGCCACUACGUCAAGGAGGCCGCCACGCGCGAACCGUCCAAGCUUGCUGAGGACAAGGACCGGCUUGCGCAGGACAUGGAGGCGAAGAAGAGAGAAAUGCUGGCUGCCAAGGAGGAGAUCAGGAGGCUUUCUGCUGGGAAUUAG